GACCUAACGAUCAUUAAAGGUGACGAGUGUUCAAAUAUUAAGAAGGCUCUUCAGGUGCGUUGAGUGUUGAUUAUUGUCCGAAUGACAGGGAACGUCAAAAGGCCACGUGGCGGGGGUGGAAAACCCUCGAGUUUUCCUGUUUUUCUAUUAUUUUUAAUAAGGCACCUGUCAGUCGCCUUAAAUAAUGGCAAGAGAGUAUAUAAGAGCAGUGAUUUUUAUAUUUUUCAGUCACUAACAUUACGGCGAUUUGCUAAACGGGUAUUCCUAGAAAACAGGAGUAUGGGUCGUACAUUACCAAUACCAGUGGCUUGCAGAGUAUGCGGGGAUAAAUCCUAUGGAAAACACUAUGGCGUUUACUGUUGCGAUGGCUGUUCGUGCUUCUUCAAGAGGAGUAUCAGAAGAAACAUUAUUUAUACUUGUAUUUCUGGCGAAGGUAGAUGCAUCAUAGACAAAUCUAGAAGAAAUUGGUGCCCCUACUGUCGCUUGCAGAGAUGUUUUGCUGUAAACAUGAAUGUUAAAGCUGUCCAGGAAGAACGUGGUCCAAGAAAACCAAGAAGCAUGAACAGAACAGUAGAUAAGCAACUUCUAGAUGCGGAUGUUGACAUAACCUUCAUUCGACUCCAAAAAGAAUUGCUCCCAAUACACGAGAAAGCCUCUCAUGUUUUCCUGACAACAAUAAAACAACUUAGGACAAACUCAUCCUUCGGUAUUCUCAACAAGGUGUCACAGAACAAUAUUCUGUCCCAUCUGUGGGCACCACUCUUCAUCUUGAAGUUCUCCUUUUGGUCUCUGGAUGCCGACAUCGAUAUUCCAAACUUCAGCAAAGUUUUCAUGCGCUUACAUGAUUUACAUCUGGAUGUUGUGGAUGUUGAACUACUUGAGACUAUUAUGUUGUGUAGGUCUGACCUUUUGGACGACCCUCAGCAGGUAGAUCUGGUGAAUUGCGUUCUUCAGAGAAGUAUGGAUGGUUUGGUGGUUAAAUACUCUUAUAAUUUUAGGAGGUUCACAGCGAUUUUAUUGAUGAUUCCUGUUUUAUUAUCAUUUAAGUCAUCAGUUCUUUAUAAUGCACUUUUUCGACCUAUUAUAGGAGAUGUUCCUAUCGAAAGAGUUAUUGCAACGAUUCAGUAGUUGAUUUUUUUAUUGGAAUUUACUUGAUGAAAUUUAAUAUUUUCCUGAUCAAAACAAGAAACAAAUUAAUAGAAAUAAAAAUGACAAGAUUGUAAAGCAAGGAGUUUGAAUCUGAAUUCUUCAAAUGAUUCACAUUUGUUGUGGUAUUUUUUUAAAUUUUGUCUUUGUUGUUACAUACAAUAUUGAAAGAGGAGUUUUAUUCUCGGUUUUAAUUGUCCGAAUGCCCUGAAUACACAAUUUUGGAAUAAAAUUUUAUGUGCAAGUCUGGGUAAUAUUGUUCAUUAAAUAAAUAAAUCGAAAUGGAUAUUAG